AAAAGCGCUGCACAUUUAGUCCCUUUUGUAAAGGAAGCCCUCCUUCGCUUCACGGACCGGUCUGUUCUUAGUCGCCUGAUUUUGUUUCUUUCUUUUCUUUCUAUUCUUAUUUCCUCUCUCGUCUCUCCCUCAGUCAUCAUCUCUUGUCUUGGCUGAUCUCAGACCAGCUGCAGCAGACGGAUCUCUGUCUGUAACUCCAGCUGUGUGGCUCCAGUCCCGCAGGCUGGGUCGGCCAUGUUGUUGUGUGGGGGUUGAUGGAAGUUUAGUAGUAGGAAGUGGAGGCUACAAAGCGCUGGGAUACUUCAGGGUCUCACUUUUUUUUCUUUGCUUUUUUUUUUUUUUUAAAUCACUGUCAUGCCGAUGCAGGACUCAUCCUCGCUGACCCGUCCGCUCUGAUAACAAUGACCGUCUCCUCCAUCGCCCCCGCCAUCCUCUCCAAGACUGCAACACUUAAGCUGCUUUGAUUUAACUUCACAAAAAGAAAAAAGAAAAAAAUCUGACCACAGUUGACUCUGCUGGAUGCGUAAAGUGGGGAUGAAGGCGACUCGGUUCCGUUUGAAAUAAUUCGGAUAUUUUUCUUUUGCUUUUUGCUGAUCUGACUCGAGGGGAACAGAGGGGGGGAAAGAGAAAACACCCACCGAGGACUCGGAUUUGAGAAGGGUGAGAAGAUGGGGUGCAUAAAGAGCAAAGAGGACAAAGGCCAGACGAUGAAGUAUCAGCCAGAGAACUCCCAGGCAUCUGACACCAAUACCACCACCACGCCUCAUGUCGGUCACUACGGACCAGAACCCACCCAGCUGCAGCAGAGUCAAAUUCCCUCAUCUUCCUCUGGCUCGGGGGCUGUAAAUUUCAACCACACCCUCACGCCGUUUGGUGGCUCUUCAUCUGCUAUUACUCCCUUUGGAGGAACGUCAUCUUCUUUCUCCGGUCCUGUGUCCAACUCAUUCUCUGGUUCUGUCCCCAGUGGUGUUACAUUCUUUGUGGCCUUGUACGACUACGAAGCCAGAACGUCAGAUGACCUCACCUUUAAAAAAGGAGAUCGUUUCCAGAUCAUCAACAAUACAGAAGGAGACUGGUGGGAGGCUCGCUCCAUCAACACAGGAAAGAAAGGCUACAUCCCAAGUAAUUAUGUGGCUCCUGCUGACUCCAUCCAGGCUGAAGAGUGGUACUUUGGUAAAAUGGGACGCAAAGAUGCUGAGAGGUUGCUGCUGAAUCCAGGGAAUCAUCGAGGAACUUUCUUGGUGCGAGAAAGUGAAACUACUAAAGGUGCUUAUUCUCUUUCCAUACGGGACUGGGACGAAUCCAAAGGAGAUAAUGUGAAACACUACAAGAUCCGCAAGCUUGAUAAUGGGGGGUACUACAUCACUACCAGAGCACAAUUUGACACAUUACAGAAGCUUGUGAAACAUUAUACAGAGCAUGCUGACGGGCUCUGCCACAAGCUGACCACAGUUUGCCCCACAGUCAAGCCUCAGACCCAGGGCCUUGCUAAAGAUGCCUGGGAGAUUCCCCGGGAGUCACUGCAGCUGGAGCUCAAACUGGGCCAGGGCUGCUUUGGAGAGGUUUGGAUGGGCACGUGGAAUGGUACAACUAAGGUAGCCAUAAAGACGCUGAAGCCGGGGACCAUGUCGCCUGAGGCCUUCCUCCAAGAGGCUCAGAUUAUGAAGAAGCUCAGGCAUGACAAACUGGUGCCUCUGUAUGCAGUGGUGUCUGAGGAACCCAUCUAUAUUGUCACAGAGUACAUGUCCAAAGGAAGCCUGCUGGACUUCCUCAAAGAAGGAGAUGGUAAACAUUUGAAUCUUGUCAUGCUGGUGGACAUGGCUGCAAAGAUCGCUGAUGGCAUGGCUUUCAUCGAGAGGAUGAACUACAUUCACAGGGACCUGCGUGCCGCCAACAUCCUCGUGGGCGAGAACCUGGUGUGUAAGAUUGCCGACUUUGGUUUGGCCAGGUUGAUAGAAGACAACGAGUACACGGCGAGGCAAGGAGCCAAAUUCCCUAUUAAAUGGACGGCCCCAGAAGCUGCGCUGUACGGCCGUUUUACCAUCAAGUCAGACGUCUGGUCCUUUGGCAUCCUGCUCACUGAGCUUGUCACCAAAGGCAGAGUGCCCUAUCCAGGUAUGGUGAACCGGGAGGUGUUGGAGCAGGUGGAGAGAGGCUACCGCAUGCCCUGCCCGCAGGGUUGUCCUGAGUCCCUUCAUGAGAUGAUGAAGCUGUGCUGGAAGAAGGAGCCCGACGAGAGGCCAACUUUCGAGUACCUGCAGUCCUUCCUGGAGGACUAUUUCACCGCCACAGAGCCACAGUAUCAACCUGGAGAAAACCUAUAGCCAGACUGGACUCUUCUGUGUAUCCCUACACCCAGAGGAAGCUUGUUUAAUGACAAGUCCAGAAAAAGUUGACCGGAAACUGCCAGUCACACAAACCACUACUUGCUCUACAUUUUCUCUCUCUCCCUUUUUUUUCUGUUUCCAGUGUCCACACAAGAUUUUGUUGCAUUUCAUAAUUUUGUGUUAACCUACGGUACUACACAAGUCUUAGAUGUGUGAAUUUUUGAAUAUGACUGUGGUUUCCGAUUUCAGAGAUAUGUUUCAGAUACACUCCAUGUGGGAUUCUUACUCCUGUGAAAUAAGCUGUGACAAAGCCUCGCGGAAGAAAAACCCACUGAGAAAAGCCGGCCGUCGCACUCAUUUGCCUCCAAAUUUGUGCUGUAACAAUAAAUUAUGCAACAUAAUGAUUAAUUGUUGAUAAGAAAUAAUAUAUUUUCCUAACAGGGAGACAUUCUCAGGGUGAGGUUGAUGGUCCAAAUUCCACACGGCUUAUCUUUAUUCACGUCAUCAGUUGCAGUAGACAUGAUUAAGAUUGUGAUAAACUGUCUUUUUUUUUAAAAAAAAACCCCAAAUAUGUUCCUAGAAUUUAUAAUCUCACGGACAUUGAUUUAAAGCUUCAUUUGAAGACUUCCCCUCGCUGUCCAUCAUCCUCCAGAAAAGACUUUGUGAUUACAAUGCCAUAAUUCUUUGUGUCCCUCACUGCCCCGGUUACUAUAAUCCCACUAUAAUCGCUGCAGAGACAUGCUUACAUGAAAGACGUUUGUAUAAUGUGUCACUGGGUCGAUUUGACGGUUUAAACAGGGAUGGGAUGAAACUCAGACUCUCGUGUUUUAUGGUGACUCUGCAAAAACUGUUGUUUGUAUGGCAGUGAUGUGUAUGAUAGAUCUUCUCUUAGCUCCUGUAUGGACUUGACAGGACAGUAUUAUAUUGUUAUUAAUGCCAGUUGAUGACCGAGCUUGUAAUGAAGGGCUUUAUAACCUC